GUGUUUAGCAGCCCAGUUAAAGGCUCCUUCCACGGUUUUGGCAGUUUUGACUGGGUGUUGUUCAUAAAUAAAUAAACUGGUCGCCAUACAGAGAUGUAGGUUGGAUGUUCUUGCACGUGUCAUGAAUCAGACUGAGGUACUAUGAAGGAUGUGCAAAAUCGCCAAAUUGGUCAAGUCAAAACCAUGGACAAAAAUGUGAACUCUAGAGAUUCUGAACGCCAGAGUCAGCACAAAAAAGCCCAAAAGAACCACGGUCAUUCUUCGCAGCAACAUUUGACGAGGACAUCGACUGAUGAAGAUGAAAACGGUGAGAUGGACCUGUACAGAGGAGAAGAGGAAAUAGAACAAGACCUACAAGAGAAGAAUCAAUCAAAAGUAAGAGGUGAUAACUAUUGUGCCCUGAGGGUGACGCUCUUCCAGGUGCUCAGCCAGUCCAAUCAGCAUCCUGUCUGGUCACGAGAUCCUGACUUCAUUAAAUGGCCAAAACAAAUCCAUUCUGAUGAGGAUUUGAUUCAGGAGUGGCGGUUUCCAUUUGAAAGCAGGAAGAGCAAAGUGGAGCUGCUGGAACAAAGUCUGGAGCUCCUGAAGAAAAGGGUGGAGAUGUGCCUCCUGGGUCAUUCCCUACAACAGACGAUCCAGGUCUAUCGGCUCUACAAGUCUGACACCGAGGAGUUCAUCACAUACUACCCCAGUCACCACAGGGAGGACUGGCCUUGCCUGUGCUUGCUUACAGAAGAUGACAGACACUACAAUGCACUUGUACCCAAAUUUUAUGAAUAUGGUAGGCCAAAGUGGAAUCAGCCCUCAGGUGGACAAUCAUACAUAACUACACAUCUAUAAAAAGUAUAUGACAAUCACUCGUAAUCUGCAGCGCUCAGGAGUUACAAUCCCUCAUGUUUUCCUCAUGGCAAUUGCUGGAUUUGUGUUUUGGGAUGGUUUUGAUUUUAUGUUUUAAUGACCCAUUUAUCCAUAUUCUGAUACCUAAAGGUAGACUAUUUUAAAUUGAUGUUGAAUGAAUUGAAUUCAGCGCAACUGUUUUAGGAGAUUUAGCUGCAACUCCAGCUAGGGAGGAAGAUUUUAUUUUAUUAUUAUUAUUAUUUAUUUUUCAGUUUACAAGGUUAAUUAUUGAUCUGCAUAUUGCAGUAAAAAUAACAUUGUAAUUUUAGACUGGUGUUGUUUUUUUGUUGUUGUUUUUUUUUCUAGAUUGUUAGCUAUUACAAAUUACAUUUAGUGUGCUAUUCAUGGCAGUACCUUGUUGGCAAAGGCUAUUUUCACUAUCUUCGCCCACUUUUAACUCUGCUCAGACAAUUUACCCUUAGUACAGUAUGAAAUACGAAUAGCAUAUUACACCUAUUCACACCUUGUGUACAUAGAAUAUAUCACUAUUUGGACUUUGUAUAAACAAGGUGCUAUUUGUGUAAAUAGCAUCUACCUUCUUUUACCCCAGUGUAAACAGCCACUCCCUCCUUUUAAAGCUCUUAUUUUCCUUCCACUGGUUUCAGAAUCUCAUUGUGGCAUCUUCUGCAGUUCAUCUUGACAGUGUGACCAUUUAUUACUCUCUAGAGCAAUUUGAACUGUAAGGAUAGGUAAUCAGAAACAGCUACAGUUCAAUAAUUCAUACAGCAUUUGAUGAAGCAUGCAGCAUUACAAUUGUUUGACUCCAUCUCUGAUUAAUUACUCUGAAAAUUUCAACAACAUAAAUUGCGAUGACAAAGGAGUAGUGUCGUGAAAAUGCCACUCAUCAAACAUAGUGAAACAUGUCUUUAUGACAGGAUACAGACUACAGGAAUGUGGCUCUCAUAUCAGGCACACAAUAUUCAAAUGAGUGUUUUAAAGAUAGUAAAGGUUAGAGCUUACGUGAUUUCCCAUGACUGGAUUGUAUUAUCUGUGUCAGUUCUGCAUAGAGGAUUCCUCAAGACUACAUAAUUAUUAUUUCUUAACAUAUUUUACAUAUUAAUUCACAUAUUACAUCUCCUAUUUUAAUAACAUAUUCUUAUUGUAAUUUUCUUUAUUAAUUCACUCUUUGGGGUAGUGAUGUGCAAAUCAAAUUACGUUUUCCAAAGACCAGGAGAACAGAUUUAAAGUUGCAUAUUUAAA